AUGAAGCUUAUAGUCGUUGCUUGCCUGGUCGUUGCUGCGGCCGUCGCCGCCCCGCAGUCCGGGCGGCUGAGGGACCCUCGCUUCAUCGCCAUCGUCCGUGACAACCGUCAAGACACACUCGACGGAAACUACAAGUUCGAGUACGAGGGUGACAACGGCAUCUACGUGGAUGGUUCCGGCAGGCAGGGAGUCAGCGGCGGCAGCAACAUGGCCGGAUACUACAGGUUUCCUUUGCCUGAGGGCGGAGUCGCUGAGGUCCGCUACACCGCUGACGAGAAUGGCUUCCGCGUCCAGUCUCCACUGAUCCCCACGCCUCAUCCUCUCCCCGCCCACGCCAUCGAGCAGAUCCGCAACGCCGAGGAGCAGCGCCGACGUGGCAUCAUUUGGGAUUAA